AUGAAAACGGCAGCUCUGGCGUGUCCUCAUGCACUGUUCUCACUUUUCCCGCCAGAUUCUGCGGUGGUCUACCUCAGCGCCCCGUCUCACGGAAAAACAGACAUUGCUUUUCUCUUGCUGCUGAUACCUGUGAGUAUGGACAGUCCCAUCUCCCGUGAAAUUGAUCCCCCAGUGUUCUGUGCGCGGCACUGCGGACGCCGUCGAGCACAGUCGAUAGGACAGGCGAGGGUUGUUUUGCUGGUCGACCGCGGCUGUGUCGCUAUCGACCUUGGCGGAGAGCGGCAGACGACUUUUGUUGUGACUUGCUUAGUAACUCAGCAAAAUGCAAAUUUUUUUGAGGCGUCUGACACCAUUGAGAAUGUGAAGGCGAAGAUUCAGGACAAGGAGGGAAUCCCGCCGGAUCAGCAGCGUUUGAUCUUCGCAGGGAAACAGCUGGAGGAUGGUCGCACUCUAUCCGACUACAAUAUCCAGAAGGAAUCGACUUUGCACCUUGUUCUCCGUCUUCGUGGAGGCAUGCAAAUUUUUGUAAAGACCCUUACGGGGAAAACCAUCACGCUCGAAGUCGAAGCAUCUGACACGAUUGAGAACGUCAAGGCGAAGAUCCAAGACAAGGAAGGAAUUCCUCCAGAUCAACAGCGGUUGAUCUUCGCUGGCAAACAACUCGAAGAUGGUCGUACGCUGUCUGAUUACAACAUCCAGAAGGAAUCCACUCUACAUUUGGUGCUCCGACUUCGUGGAGGCAUGCAAAUCUUCGUGAAGACUCUUACCGGCAAGACUAUUACUCUGGAAGUGGAAGCAUCUGACACGAUCGAGAACGUAAAAGCAAAGAUCCAGGAUAAGGAAGGGAUUCCUCCCGACCAGCAGCGACUGAUCUUCGCAGGUAAACAGCUUGAAGAUGGUCGUACUCUUUCGGACUACAACAUCCAGAAGGAAUCCACCCUUCAUCUGGUGCUGCGACUUCGUGGAGGCAUGCAAAUCUUCGUGAAGACUCUUACCGGCAAGACUAUUACUCUGGAAGUGGAAGCAUCUGACACGAUCGAGAACGUAAAAGCAAAGAUCCAGGAUAAGGAAGGGAUUCCUCCCGACCAGCAGCGUCUCAUUUUCGCAGGAAAGCAGCUCGAGGAUGGUCGUACGCUGUCUGAUUACAACAUCCAGAAGGAAUCCACCCUCCAUCUGGUGCUGCGACUCCGUGGAGGCAUGCAAAUCUUCGUGAAAACGCUCACUGGGAAGACCAUCACAUUGGAAGUCGAAGCAUCUGACACAAUUGAGAACGUCAAGGCCAAGAUCCAAGACAAGGAAGGAAUUCCUCCAGAUCAGCAGCGACUGAUCUUCGCAGGUAAACAGCUUGAAGAUGGUCGUACUCUUUCGGACUACAACAUCCAGAAGGAAUCCACCCUUCAUCUGGUGCUGCGACUUCGUGGUGGAAUGCAGAUUUUCGUGAAGACUCUGACCGGGAAGACAAUCACUCUGGAAGUAGAAGCAUCCGACACAAUUGAGAAUGUUAAGGCGAAGAUUCAGGACAAGGAAGGAAUUCCUCCAGAUCAACAGCGAUUGAUCUUCGCUGGCAAACAACUCGAGGAUGGUCGUACUCUGUCUGAUUACAACAUCCAGAAGGAAUCCACCCUUCAUCUGGUGCUGCGACUUCGUGGUGGAAUGCAGAUUUUCGUGAAGACUCUGACCGGGAAGACAAUCACUCUGGAAGUAGAAGCAUCCGACACAAUUGAGAAUGUCAAGGCGAAGAUUCAGGACAAGGAAGGAAUUCCUCCAGAUCAACAGCGGUUAAUCUUUGCUGGAAAGCAGCUCGAAGAUGGUCAUGAAAAGAAGACAUAUAAAGCUGGACGACUAACGGACGACGAAGCUGAUGAACAUGACUGGAUGUCUGAAUGCAGCCUUAACAAGUCAUCGCAAACCAACUUGAGCCUCCCUGCUGUGCGAAAGUCGCCACGAGAUUGUGCAUAUUUACCUCGCCUUGAGAAGCAUUUUGUAGAAGGCAUUAACAUUAAUCGGAGAAAAAGGAUGACGACCAAGGGUGAUUCUAAAAAGCAAGAAGAUAACUCCAACGAGCUAUCCUCUCACACGAUUAAAAACGAAUUAGACAUACAACCUAAACGAGAGAUCACUGGUAGAGAAAUUGUUUCACAAUAUCUCAAGGGUGAUCCCAUUGCCUCAAUAACUUAUCGAAAAAUUUGUAAUGCACUGGAAAUCUUGCCGAACUGGGAGCCAGAAGCAAAGAUUCAAUUUCUGGAACAGUUCUUGAAUAUGAGCGAUAUACUAGACAAUCGUUGUGCUGCUCUCGUCUCAGGUCUCGCUCGGCUGAAAUGGCGAGCAAUUCCUGAUCAGAUUUUGGAUCAAUUUCUAAACAUGCUCUGCGACAUCGCUAUACGACAGGUUUCUCACACGGAACUCAUAUUCGGUGCAGCCGUGAAUAACCUUAUUCCCCUAGUAAUAGAAAACGAAAAUUUCGAACUUGCACUGUCUGAAAACGACCAGCAGAAGAUCUACAGCUUAGCCCAUCGCGUCAUCGCACAUAUUUUAAAAUGUUUUCCAAUGUCCAGCAAAGUGCUUUUCCGCGUCAUUCGCGCAGGUGUUCCACACUCAAGUCACGAUAGCUAUCGUUUUAUCGGCUAUAUUAGGAAUCUCAUUCAAUGCCUUGAGUAUGCUGAAAAGCUCCGCACUGAUAUUUGGGAGCUUAUUAUUGAUCAAAUGAUUAUGUGUGAUAAUAUGCUAACCAAAGCAGAAUGUUGCAAUGAGAAGUGCGGCGUGGGCGCCAACAUAUUUGCCAUGGAUGAGGAGCAAUGUGAUGAAAAUGAGAAUGAGGAGAGUGGACUAAUCUCAAAAUUAGACAGUGGUUUAAGAGAUGUGCUUUGUUAUAUCGCCUUCAAGCAUAACACUCGAGAUCUUGACGAUUCUUCUUGGCUUAAUCUGAAUGGUGACUCUAGUAAAGAAGAGUUGUUCAAUAUUUUCCUUUUAUUACUUGAAAAUCGCAUGCUCCUCGCUGUAAAUGUGCGAUAUGCCUCUUUUCUAUGGCUUUAUCUAUGUGGAAUUGAUGAGAAGUACGCUACUCGCACCUUAGACCUCCUGUGGUCUGUUAUUGUACGACCACAUAUUGCUCAAGUUGAUAUAGCCAAAGCACACGGUGCCGCAGCGUAUUUGGCAGGGUUUCUUGCUAGAGCGAAAUAUCUCGAUGUUCGAGUUUCCGUGUCGUGGAUGUAUCGUAUCCUGAAAUGGUGUACACAAUACGUGGAUAGUUGUGGUAUAACUACGAAACAGACUGCACCUGGCGUAGUGCGUCAUGGAACGUUUUAUGCGUUAUGUCAAGCCUUCUUCGUUAUCUUUUCUUUUCGAUACAAGGAAAUGGUUCGAGCAGGAGAAUUAAGUCAUGUUGGACAAUGGGGUUUGAGUCGCAUUGUUCAUUCGCCUUUGGAUCCACUAAAAUACGUAAGCGGUCCAGUUGGGCAUUGCUUCGCCGCGAUAACCAGGUCAUUACAACUUGUUUACUGUAACCAUGUGUUGCCUCUGGAUUCGGGUGGAAGGCUACCAUUUGAGCCUAUGUUUCCUUUUGAUAGUUAUAAGCUAAAAAGUUCAUACGAACUGAUUUUGCCACUAUUGCGGAAAUUUUCUCCUUUGGCGGAAGAUAAACCUGAGUUGACAUCUGCUCUACGAACUCUCAGUUGUUCUCAAAAUGAAUUAAUGGAUUUCCUCGACGAUGAAGAUGACGUCAUGGGUUCCUUCUCUGCUAGAAAUUCUACAAUUGCUCAGUCUGGUAAUUCAUCAUCAAUAUUUACCAUUUACUCUUCAAGUCCGGGCCUUAGAACUUUCGAGAGUCCAAUAAGUAUGCGGUGA